AUGCUCCCCAACAUCCGUCAAAAGUUCGUGGCAGAUACUUUGACAGAAGCCCCUCCCGUGGUCGGACUCGGAGACGACGAACUUCUUACUUCGAGGAUGCUGAAGCUGCAGCACCACGAGAAGGAAGGGGCCGCCAGUCAAGUCGACACAGUAAUGCACCCGAGAAGCGGGCGGAAAAGCCGUGGUCGAGAGCAGUUUCAUCUUCCGGUUUCCAACAGCCAACCCGAGCCCGUCUGGCGCCCUGGAGAUGGGUUCUCGGGCGAUGAGGCGAAACCAGACUUCCUCUUUCUCAUGACAGGGAAACGCAAGCGCCAGAGAUCCAGGUCGCUCUCUAGCAUGGGGUCGCUGGAUUUCGAGGCCGAGGCACCCAAGAAGAACGCCGGUGCGUCUGCAAUUGACCGGCCACGGGUUCAGCACUUGACUGAGCACCGAUUGAAGCGUCGCCGCGGUGUCGUCAAAGAUGUGUGGCCUACCAUUGAGAACUUCACCGAGGACACAAUCUCGCCCGUUUCGGAACAAACCUUACUGGAAAGGCAGAAGAUCAUCCGCUCCACAGUAACACCAGAGCCAACACCCAUCUCGAUACCAAAGCCAGCCAUCAAGAUUGCUCCUUCGCGAAGGCGAUACGCCACUGACUUCGAGAAUUUCGGACGAGACUUCAAUGACUUUCAAGGUAGGUCCAAAGACAAUGUACUUCAAGCGCUCGACCAAGUUCGACUCUUGCGCCACGAGUCGACCGUGCUCGAAUAUGAUGGUGGGGAAGAUGAUGAGGAGUAUUCGUAUGCGUCAGAAGACGAUCACGAGAUGAUUCCUGCAACCAAAUAUGGCCGAGAAAGCGAGCACGAUAAUUCCGGUGAUCCGAGCGAGCACGAUGACUCUGGUGAUCAGAGCCAGCACGAUGACUCUGAUGAGCAGAGCCAACAAGAUGACUUCGCUGAACAAAGCGAGCUUGAUGGCUCAGAGGACCAGAGCGAGUUGAAUGGAUCGGACGACAAGAGCGAGCUGGAUGACUCGGAUGACCGGAACGAGCACGCAGACUCGGAAGACUCGGACGAAAACGAGACUCGUGAUCUCACACGUUGGCAGCCGGGAAGAGAGGAUUCCGACGUUCCUAACCUGAGCAGCAAGGCGCAUUUUUCCACGCGCUUCUCGAGCCCAGACUAUCAUGGGGAACCUCACUGA